AUGACUGAGCCCCAUCCAUUUUAUCCCGAUAGGCGCAAAUCCACAAAUGUUGAAGAUUUUGAGAAUGGAGUUACACAGAGAUUCUGCUUUGUACCAGGAGAGCAGUAUGUUUCUCUGCAUCAAGCAAACCAUCCAAAACUUGGUCUUUGCGAUUUUAUCAUAACAACAUGGGGUCUUCGAGUAGUCUUACAAAAUUGGACCGAGUUUUAUAGAGAUUUUUCAAUUCCUUUUAAAUGCAUGAUUUCCAUAGAUAAAAAAGGAGGCAAGCAUCGUUUUGGUUUUUAUGGAAUAGAAAUAUUAUUAACAACAACUGGAAUUUUCCAGAUUCCUUUUGACAAGGAUAAUAACGAUCGCCCAACAUUUUAUCAUCAAUUAAUAGACAGCUUUAAAAAUCCAACGUCUUUACCCGCAACAGUCUAUGAAUCCAAUCAUAGCUGGAUACAAAAGCUCCAGAAGGACUCAAAUUGGGCAAUUGUUGAAAACGAUUUCUGCCCAACAUACCCUAAGCAGAUACUUAUCCCACCUGACGUCAGCUUAGACAUUGUAAGCAAAGUCGCUAGCUUCCGAUCAAAGGGCCGUCUUCCUUUCCUUUCUUACAUAAAUCCAGCUAACGGCGCUCCUCUCAUGAGAUCAUCCCAACCAUUAACUGGAAUACGUAAUCAAGACUCACCCGAAGAUGCGCGAUAUAUUUCAAACAUUGUUCAAGGUAGGAAUGUGGCAAUUUUUGAUUGCAGGCCAAAACUGAAUGCCGUUGUUAAUAUUUUGACAGGAGGUGGCUACGAAUCAACAGAAAGAUAUAUUAAUUCGACUUUCAAAUUCUUUAAUAUUCCAAAUAUUCAUAAAGUACGAGACACAUACACAGAAAUGACGACAGCCCUUGCUUUGUCAUUUGACAACGAACCGUGGAAAGAAUGGGGCGCUCUCAUCACCCAAAUCCUUACAUCUUCUUCUCAAACGAUUUCUGCCAUGAACGCGAACUGCGCAGCCCUCGUCCAUUGCACAGAUGGAUGGGAUCGAACCGCUCAGAUUUGCUCAGUUGUCCAGCUAAUGAUGGAUCCAAAUUCAAGAACUAUCAAAGGCUUCCAAAACGUUAUUCAGAAAGAGUGGUGCGAUGCUGGCCAUCAGUUCAGUGUUCGUUGCUGCCAUCGUCCAAGCCAGAAAAUCGAAGAAUCGGCUCCGGUAUUUAUUCAAUUUAUAGAUUGCGUCUGCCAAUUAAUCCAUUACUAUCCACAGGCAUUCGAAUUCAACGUCUACUUACCAGCUCUCAUAGGUUAUCACGCUUACGCCCAAAUUUACGGAGAUUUCGCUUGCCGAAACGUCCAAGAAAGAGAAAAGACCGCCAGACCACCUUCGUUCUGGAGAAACUUGAACUACGAUGAUUUCGUCGAUUUCAUCAAGAACCGUAACUACGAACAGACAAAUGACCAAUUAAUAGAUGUUAAGCCUUACUAUUUCUGCAAGGAAUUGUUUGCUUUACCAAUCUUUGGAUCAGGAAUUAACAUACCUAUUCACUAA